UACAGACAAGGAAGUUGACUUCAAGCCCGGUCGAUAUUCAACGAUACCAGCAACUCUUUGAAGGGGACUGGUAUCCACGUUUCUGCCAGGAAAUUAUUACAUGUACGGAACAUAGCGACUUGGAGAGAACCCUUCGGGAUCCAAUAACGGCUUUGUCGAUACUAUCAACCUUACUGAAGACCGAAAGACGUCAUGGAACCCUCACUGAGUUAUCGUCCAAGCACUUCAGUGUUUCUGUUGGUUUUCAUCAUUCUGCCUGGAGGACUGGCCCUCAAUAUCGUUGGCAAGCCAGCAAGUCAGAGCACAAGCUAUAUGAACUCUUAUGAAGCUGGUAGGGCAGUAGACGGAGAUCGAAAGACGUUUUCACACACAGGGUGUUUGAGAGACCAUUGGUGGAAGGUAGACCUUGAGGCAAUCUACUGCUUGACGAAAAUCACUAUAGUCAACAGACGAGACUACGGUGGGGGUAGAUUGGCAGGUGCGGUAGUACGAGCCGGUUUGGACCCAUCAGAUUUCUCACAGAACACAAGGAUAGGAUCAGUCCCCUCGAGUCAAGCUACCAAAGGAGCAGUCAUUGAUUUCAUUGUAGAUCCGGUAGUCUCCGCUCAAUACGUCAGUGUGCAAUUGUCUGCAGGCCAAGAUAAAUGUCUUCACCUGGCCGAAGUUGAGGUGCAGGGGGCGUCUAUUUCAAUUCCUUCAGUGACGACAACAGCAACUCCCAGUAGAGUCACAGUCGGCUGGUCUCAAGUGUCCUGUGCAGUUAGUUACAACGUUGACUAUGCACUUAGUAAUAGAGAUGGCUGCGAACCCAUCACCCCGAUGAUGUACAAUCAGCACUGCAUUUGUCAGGAGAACCAGACUACCAUAUCUGCACUGAUACCAAACUCAGAGUACAGUGUACAAAUCCAGGCUCGUGUCAACGCUGGUUAUCAACUUAUGACAAGAGCACGCAUCAAAACUGACUCAGUGGCACCGACUGGACCACCCACCAUGGUGAGAGUCGCUUCCGCUUGCCCACGCAGCCUCACUUUCACCUGGAGCCCUCCAUCGUGUGGAGACCGAGGUGGUACCAUCCUAGGAUACGAUUACCAGCUGAAUAAUCGAUCGGGUACUGCUGACCAAGGAACAGCUCAAGUCACAGUAAAUGAACUCCUCCCCUUCACCAGUUACAGUUUCCGAGUUGCUGCAAGGAACAAUGUUGGGCCUGGACCCUACAGUCAGACUGUAACCACAAUGACACUGGAAGCAGGUCAAUCUGCAUUCCAUCAAGGCGAAACCACAAAUACGACAGUAACGAUUACUUUUAUAGCCCGGCAGUCUGAAGAGUUCAUUGAAUCGCAUGUUAUUCACGUAAAGAGGCUUGGUGUUCUGUCUGUCAACAAGACGGAAUUCCUCGUUCCAGGAAGUUACGAGGACCCAGCUAGCGGGUACAUUACGGCCAAAUUUCUCAAGAAUAAGCUCCCAGAGAUGUUUGUAGUCGGAGAUUCUAAGUUGUACGGUGGCUACUGGAAUGCACCUCUAGAGAGAGGUGCUGUCUACAACAUCAGGUUAGGAUCAGUAGGCAAAGGCAGCGAAACGGAAGUCUGUGUCGCGUACUCAGAGCCACUGACAGUUACUGUAAAACCUCCAGAGGCCAUCCUCCAAACACCAAGUUGCAAUAAAGCAAGAAUAGCAGCUGGUGUGCUGGGUGCGAUUGUGCUCGUCUUAGGAUUGACUAUCGUUAUCACGUGUGUGAUGUGGAGAAAACGAAGUAGGGAAAAUACCUUGAAUAGUUCCCUGGUGACUGGAACCAUGGAAUUGACCACCAAACCUGCAGGAAUUAAUGUAGAAAACAGGGUCAGUGUUAUUUACGAGGAAACGGACCUCUCUUCGUGGAUGCCAAAAAUGGAUAUCAAAUGGAAGAAUUUGGUCAUUGAGGACGUAGUUCUUGGCAAGGGCAACUUUGGUGAAGUACGGGCAGGAGGCGUUCGGGUCAAAGGCGAAGUCACCAAGGCAGCUAUCAAAACACUAAAAGAUGGCGCCUCUGAUUCUGCUGUGAAGGAUUUCAAGGAGGAAAUGCAGACAAUGGCAAACAUCAAGCCUCAUCCUAACAUUGUUUCUCUCUUGGGGGCGUGCUAUCAUGAAGGGAUUUUGCACGUCGCACUUGAAUAUCUUCCUAAUGGCAACCUCCGAGAUUACUUGAGGGGCAACCGCCCAAAGCAGGAACAAGGAAAGGAGAAGAGCACCGGAACAUCUCCUUUGACUUCUUUAAACUUAUUGACAUUUGGUGCAGAUGUAGCAAAAGGAAUGGACCAUCUUUCUAAGACAGGGAUCAUCCACCGUGACUUGGCUGCAAGGAACAUUCUUCUUGCUGAAGACUUAACCGCCAAAGUCUCUGACUUUGGCCUUUCCAGAGGGGAGGAUAUCUAUGUUCAGAAAUCAUCGACACGGAUUCCAGUCCGAUGGUUGGCCAUUGAAUCUCUGACUCGUCGUAUCCACAAGUCCAAGAGUGACGUGUAAGGAUGAAAACCUGAUUCUCGGGAAAGAAUUUGUCCUUUAUCAAAGACUGAUGCCAAUGCUUCCACUGUGAAUUGAUUUUACCGUCCAAAAAGAGUAUUG